AUGUCGCUUAGUGCUGAGGAACAUAUACGUUAUUUGUGGAAGAAUGUGAAUCAUUGUAAGGUGGUUAUUUUAAUGACGGAGAAGGUUUGUGAAUGUAAUGGCAAUGGCCAACAUAAUAAGCUUACUUGCCCCCCGGGUAACCUGAAGGAGUGUAUUGAUUGGAUUCUGAGGGUGACGAAUAAGGAUGGUCAGAAUGGUGGUGAUUGUAAGAAACUUGGAGAGGAAGUUAAGAAGUUACUCGAACAAGUUAAGGACGCUGCCACUGGGAAACUCAACAAAGAUAAAAAUGUGCUUACUGAAGUAAUAUCGAAGUUGAACAGUAAUUCUUUGAUCAGCACCUUGGCCGAUAACUUGAAAAAGUUCAUUGGUUACAAUGAUGGUGGUACAAUUGGUAAUGAUGGUAUUGGUAACAAAGGUAAUGGUAAUGGUACAAAGUACACGUCCUCCUAUAAAGAUGACGCCAACUGGAAUGCCACCUGUAAUAAGAAUGACCAACAACAAUGUGCUUCAAUCUUCCUCGGCACUAUCCCCGUAAUUUUCAGUGGUUUGACCUAUUUGUAUUGGCAAUGUAAUACAGGUUCUAGAUGGUCCAAUGAAACUCAAAUUAAUAGUACCAAUGCAGGUAUCGGCAUAUACUUCGCCUCCUGUGGUUACAACACUAGUCAUCUCAGUGAUAAGAAAGCCAACGAUAUCAAAAGUUUACUUGGUACCAAUGGCAAUUCCAACGGUUUCAAAGAAUUCAAAGAAGCAUCGACUCAAGAUCUUAAGGAUUAUAACAAACAGGCCGUGGGUCCAGAUGGCGCCAAACAGGAUACCAAAAUCAUUGAAUCUACCUACUCCAUUUUCAUACAAUAUAUCACUGAUACAAAUGGGAAUGGUUUACUAAAUAAUGUUGGUAACUCUAACAAAACAUCACCUGACACCCACCCCCUCUCCAGUCUCUACCUCGCAUCACAAUACUAUUUCCAAUCUACAUUCAACAAUGGUGACAAACAACCAACCACCAUUAGAGAAAUGCUCUACUGGCUCAUGGCAUUGCCAUAUAGUCCGUGUUUCCAGCUAGCACCUGCAACUAUUAAACAGGGUAUUACGAAACAUGGUAGUGAUAUUAUACCAUUCGAAGAGGGUCCCACCUUAACCACUAACGAUCCUCACUCAUGCUAUCUAUCCACAUCAUGUAAUUACGCCGCAGUGGUCCUAUCCACUAUGCAAGGUACACUAAUAACCAAAGAUAUGACUAAAAAUAAUACAACACCUCAAUCCCCAACCAACCUCCAUGAUAUCUAUUCCAAUUCCCAUUUUCAAUUCAAUUACCCACACACCGUCAUUGAUUGGUUCAAUGAACUGUGGAAUGUUGUGUAUCAUUUAUUGUCUCAAUUAUAUUUCCUCAAUACGCAAUGUCUAAAUUGCCCUUACAAUGGCGGUUGGCAGUGCUGUAAAUAUGGCAAUGGUUCACAACUACCUAAAGAAAAUGAGCCAAUAUCGUGGUUCUGUGUCGAUGGUGCUAUUAACACAGGUCACGCCGGCAAGAAAUGUAACACUCACGGUGUCAAUUGCGCCACUAACCACAAAGAAUGCGGCCUACCCUCCACCAAGCCCUCCCCCCUCCAAGCUUUCCUAACAGAUUGUCUAACCGGUUUCCAAUGUGAAUCCCUAGAAAACGAUAAAUGUCACAUUCGAAACGGUCAACUUGUAUCGAAAAAUGGUGUCACCCCUGUACCAUAUAGUGACCAUAUUUCCCAUCGCAAUUUCAAUCAAUAUUGCCCAGUACCAAUGGGAUUCAACAAAGACUGUCUAUCACAGUCUCCUCGCACGGGUAACUAUAUCCAUUGGAUACUAGAUUACUUCACCCAAGAUGACCGUAACUCCGUCAGUCUCUACAACAUAAUCAUAUGUCUAAUCUGCUGCAGCCUACGUACCCCCCGUACAGUCGGUGAUCUCUUCGCGUUUUUCUUGUAUCUUGGUGGGAUUAUGAAUAAUGGUAGUUCCCCUAACGUCGCUGAUGCCAUUCAAAAGGAAAGCAACAACUUCCCUAAUAAACCCAAUACUGAAUCUACAAAUCUUACUAGUGCUGUUCAAACCCUAGCUGGCGAAUACCAUACCGAUGAGUCUCACAAAACCGAUGACCCUCCGCACCACACCGCCACGCUUCACAGCCUCUACAACAGUGAAUGCACAACUCCCCAAACUUGCGGCCAAUACCUUGACCCCCUGUCCUUUGUUAUCUAUCCCAUCAUCUCAGAAUCCUUCGCUAAGUCGUAUUUGUCCCGCAUAAUUUAUCUCACCCAGGCUUUGAAAGAUGGUCUUGAAGUAUUACUUACAGAGUUCAACAAUCUCACGUGCGAAAAUUGCAAAAAUUGUGGCAGCAAACCAAAACACAAAGACGGUUGUCAUGGCAAGGAAAACAACUGUCACUGUCCCACCAUCGUCCAAUGUCACAAUGUCCUACCCCUUUUCAUCAAAUUCGGCUUCACGUACUAUUCCGCAGCUGAAUUGAAUGACACAGGGGAUGAAGGUGAGCAACAACGCCAAUGCAAAGCCUUCUCCGAACAACUCGACGCAGUUGUCACCGGCAAACCGUUCACCAACCUCCUCAAGCAAAUCAACCUCUUCCUCUACGACAUCCGCUACCCCUUCCUCUACUACCUCCUAACAUUCUGGCUCAUCGCCCUCCUCUACCUCCUCUACACACUACUCGGCCCCCUGGACAUUCUCCACAUGCUCUCGCAUUGGCGUCUCGCCUACACGCAUCACCUACUACCACUGCAUCUACUCGCCCACAACAUCCCCGCACCUACUACAUUGUACUUUACAACGUAA